CAACAAAGUAAAUGCUGAGUCCUAAUACAGAUUGUUUUUCUAUAUGUGCAAGAUUUUUUAAGUUUUACGUGUGAAUUGUUGCAUGUUAGUUGCUGUUCUUUAUGGAUAUAUGGAUAAAACAGUAUGUGAACAUACUCAUCAAUUUUUUUUCCUUCCUAUUUUAAAGUAAUAUUUGCUAGUUUGACAGAGUUUAGGGACUUGGGUUAUGUGGGGUUGAACUUUAAGAGGGUGAUAUAUAGGUUUGAAAAUUGAAGAAGUAGACUAUUUAAGUAUUUAUCCCUUUGGUUUGGAAAUGGUAUUAUUAUGAUGGAUGACACAGAAUUCAGCUGAAAUUUUUUGUGGAGAAACCUGAAAGGCUCAACAAAACUUGAGUUUAAAACAGUAUCAAGUGAGGGAAGGCACAUGGAAAUGGAAGGGAGGGGGUUUUCUGGCUUAUACAAGAAUUCAAGUGAGGAGUUGUUCCUGAAGACAGUGAUGGAGAGCCCUAUUGGUAUGCCAGUACCUACCAUGGAGAUGUUGGGUUUCAAGAAUGUUUCUCAAAGCUUUCGUGCCGACAGCGAGGAGCUCUUUAAACGUUGGCUAACAAAUGGAGAGGGAUACAAUUCACCAAGCAUAGGACUGAACAGUCGAUUAUCAAAGAGGAUCUCCACCGAACUAGCUAAUAAUGUGUCUAAUCAGAAACAUGUUGGUGUAACUUCAGAGGGAAGAAACAAUGACAAACUAUACAUGCAAAAUAACCUUUUGGCAAAUGAUGUUUCAGGUGACAUCAAUUUUCCAAUCAGAGAUCCUGUUAAUAGAGAACUGCAAUCUAGUACUGACCUGUUUCUGGCCAAGGCCUGGUAUCUUAGUGAUCAAAGAGUAACAAGAAGCCGAUCCUCUGAAUUGCGGCGGAGGUAUACUGAAAUGCAAAAUUCUCAAACAAAACAAGGAAUGGAAUCUAUGAGCAUGGACCCUCAGCAUGGUGUGGACACUACAAAACAAGGAAUUGCACAUUUUAAUGGUUUUGAUUACAUUACUAUGACCGAGCUUCCAAGCCAAAAGGGAUCAUUCAUUUCUCCAUCCAACUCAUCUUCAUCUACCUUCCACACUCAUCAAUUGGUUGAUGCAGAUAAAGUCUCAUCUUGUGUAAGUAUGCUAAAGGGUACAUUACAACGCAAGAGACUCAGCAACCAAGUUGAGAUUGAGAGAGAAGCUGCAGAAGAUAGCUUAAAUGGACUUUUUGGUCCUCAAGAACCUCUUUUCCAAAAUGGUUUUCAUGAAGGACUAGAAAAUUGGAGUCAUCAAAAGCCAAUAAGUUUUCAAGGAGCCUCUACUGGUCAAAUUAAGAAUCCAGGAGUUUACAUUGUCUCAGAUGGUUUUGGAAAUCAGACAAACCAAGCAUAUGUGGGAAAUGCUUCCCAAGAACCUUCUCAAAGUGAAUCUUCUGCUGCUGCACCAGUAAUCUCCUCUGGUUUGGAUGCAUGUGAAGGUCCCAGCAAUUCAAAUCAAAAUCUUUGCGAAAGCUCAUGGAAACCAGUGGGAGUGAGUAGAAGUUCAGAAAAUACUCAAAAUAGAGUCAGAGGUGUCAGAGAACAGAUAAUGGAUAAUAUAAAAGAUGAUCGGAAGAGGAAAAGUUUAGAAAGAUAUGGAUCUAUAACAUCAGCUGUUUCAGAUUGUGCAGAGGAGAAAGGAGACACCACAAAAAAACGAAGAGUGGAGCGCUCAAGGAAAAUGGCUGAGGCAAAGGAAAGAAACUUGACACCAUCAGUUCCCUCUGAUAUGCAAGCUGUCUUGAGGCGGUGUGAAACGCUUGAGAAGGAAGUUCGAUCACUGAAACUUAAUUUGUCCUUCAUGAAUAGGAAGGAUUCUGAACAAACAAAGCAGAUAGAGGACCUUCAGAAGCAGAAUGAAGACUUGGCAGAUGAAAAGGAGCGCCUCCUUGAAGAGAUUGAAAGAAUUGUUUCAGAAACUGGAAAGAUCUAAUGUUUUGCUUCCUAUCUACAUCCUCUAACAAGCUAUGACGAAAAAACCUUACCGCACUUAACUUAUGGGGGAAACAAUUUAGGCCAAUUCAUGGUUAAUAGUGAGCCUCUGGAUUCUCUUGGUAAAAUAUAAAUGCAUGAAUCUCUUAACUAUUGAUAUGACAAUGUACCUGGUAAAAUCUAACUGUUCGAGAUUUUAGAAGCAUGGACAAGGGUUUAAUAGAUAUGAUUCUGGUAAAUUAAAACAUGGUCAUCUCAGAAUCUGUAUGCAUCCAAGUGGUUCUAAAGUUGAGUUUAUAUCAACAAACAUUAUUAGGUGAUGCAUAAAAUAUGUAUUCACUAAGGACAAGUGUAUACUAUGCAAUUCUCUUCUCGAAAGUAGAGUUAUAUAUCUUAAAAACUAUUUGUAUUUCCAAAUAAUCUAAAUCGCAUAAACAAAAUAAUUAUGUGA